UAUGACCCGGAAGGAGGUUCCCGGCGAAGGAUUGUUUACAUUUCGGGGAAACCUGUGCCUUAGUUAAACCGACUUGGUCACUCUGACAGGAUGGUUUGCGAAAAAUGUGAAAAGAAACUUGGUACUGUUAUUACUCCAGAUACUUGGAAGGAUGGAGCAAGGAACACUACAGAAAGUGGUGGAAGGAAACUAAAUGAAAACAAGGCUUUGACUUCAAAGAAAGCAAGAUUUGACCCAUAUGGAAAGAAUAAGUUCUCUACUUGCAGAAUUUGUAAAAGUUCUGUGCAUCAGCCAGGUUCUCAUUACUGCCAAGGCUGUGCUUAUAAAAAGGGCAUCUGCUCAAUGUGUGGGAAAAAGGUUUUGGAUACCAAGAACUACAAGCAAACAUCUGUUUAGUUGCACUGAUUGACUUUGUGGCUUCUACUUUUAUAUUUCUAUAUGAUUUUUAUUUUCUGCUAUAUGUUCUCCAAGGUAUAAUUGUACAUACUGGUUUUAAAACAAUAUUUCAAGGCAAAUGACUAAUAUUAGACCAAUGUUCAGAGUUUUCCUCUUUUCUUUCAAGGAAUUCUGAGUACUAUAAAAUAUAAUACUAUCUAUAGCUGAUAACAUUUUUACAAAUAUUUUACUAGGCUUAAUUAAUAGGGGAAGAUUUAAUAAAAAUGUUUUUUUCCAAUCCUUUCUGCACUUUGUGCUUACUAUAUUUAGUUAAAUCAUUUCCCCCUUUUUUUCUGUAGAUAUUUUUGCCAAAAGGAUGGGAAUAUUAGAAGUUUGCUAAUAUUGCCCUGACAGCAGUGAAUCUUGGUGACCAAGAUCAUUAUUUGUCUCCCUAACAGGAUUCAUGGCUCUUAGCACCAACAUCCUUUAGUUAAGCAGAAUUUAAAAGGGCAGAUAACCCUUGAAAUUUUAAUAGGACUUUGUCAGAAACUAUGGUACUAAGGUGGCCGUUCUGCUUACCUACCUACUGAUUAGACCAUACUGAAGAGGGUUUGGAAGUUUUAAUUUUAAGAUUUUCAUUCCUGAAGAAAAGGGAAAGAGUCCUUCUAGGAAGCAGCAAAAAUAGAAUUAAUACUUCUCCUAUACCUUUGCCUGAAUUUUCCCUACCCCCCAGGCAGACAAACCCUAGGAAUAGCUCAGAAGCAGCAGUAUUUCUGUGAAUUCAGCCAGUAUUAGGAAAGGCAGGAGAGUGGCACCUGUCCAUGUUGACCAGUGUGGGGAGACAUCACUAUUGUUUGUGAAAGCCCCAGAGGCAGAGAUUAAAUUCUUCUCUGUCUUCCCCCCCAAGAUGGCAAUAAUAUGUGUCCUGUAGAGGAUAUAAAUAAACAUUGCCAGAAUUUUGUAUGUAAUGUCCCCUAAAUCCAAUAUUAGAUGUCAAGGAAGAAUGUUCUUGCUGUACUUU